AUGUCCCCCAAACAUGACCAGCUACGCUUCUACCUGAACUUGGUCUGGCCGCCGAAGCAGACGCUGGAUGUUAUUCGCAGGCUGUUCCAGGCUGUGCGUGGACUGGACGCGAAGCGGCAGAUGCUUGUCUUGCGUUUUGUGAUUCCAUCACUGUUCGAUUUCGUGGAGUGGAACAUGGGUCACGACAGGUUGCUCAAGUACAGCCGUGACGGAUGCGCUGAUGCUUUUGAGCUUGUACUUGAAUUGACGCGGCCGUACCUACCGGGCGGCCAUAAGUCGAGAUUGACCUCUACCUUGCCACAUUUGGAGCAAUUGCGCUAUACAUCGACUUGCGCGCAGUGCGGGCGAGGCUGGCGCGAAGGCAGGCCUGGAGAUCCCAACUCCAUCUGGGCGCACAAGUUUUAUCCCAGAUUGCCUGGAGACGCGGCGGCUGGCCAGGUGCGCCGCGUGCGGGCAGGAGCGGGAAGCGUGGCCAGAUGGGCCACGCGGGCACGGCCCACGCCGAGCUGUGGUACUGCGAGGACUGUUGGCGCGGCUGGAAAGACGAGGCCAGAAGAGGCGGCGCCGGCCCGGGCGACUGGGGCGCCGGCAAGGGCGCCGCGCAGAGCCGGGGGUCCGCCGCCGCGCCGGCGCGGGCGCAGAAGGGCCCCAGGCCGGGCCAGUGCCCCGGCGGGGCGCCGGCGCCGGGCGCGGCGGCCGCCAUCAAGUCUUGGGAGAUCGUGGACUGACGCCGCCUAA